AUAAUCAGCAUACCUGGACCUUCAUACUUCUUUGUUUUCUCAGCACAAUAAAGAGCAGAGUUCCAGCUGAGGGCAGGCCUGCACAGGAGAAGGUUUCCACACAACAACAGGAAGAAGGGAUCGCACACAACAUGGACCUCGUGUUAGUUUCAUCAGGUUUUAAGUGGAAGUAGAUGUCAUUCCUGUUUGAGGAUAAUCUGACUACACAGCAGCUGUGGGCAGAAGUGCUGUAACGAGUUCCGCUACUAUAAAAGUGACUGAAGGUCCGUCAACGGAGUAGAAAUGGAGUGUCAGUGUGAAAGAGACAACCCGGAGGAUGCAGGCUGGUGGCUGAAUGGAAGCAAUGUCCAGAUGGGAGCUUUUACUGUAGUGGGAUAUCUUCUCUACAGAUUCUCACAGACCCUCCCAGCUCUGAUCCGAUGGCCGAUACGUUUGUUCUGCUCUCUUACUGGUCUGUCAGCCCUCUGGGGCUGGGUGAGCCACCUGGUGGGAACCCUGCGUGGAAUCCAGAGCUUGUGUAAAUGGCUGUCUCGAGUUUGGAAGUUCUUCGUAGGAUGUUCCUCUAAGUUCAAGUGGCUGGGAGCACUCAUUAGAAAAGUCACAGGUUCAUUAAACGAUGGGGCACUGGAGUCAGAGAUAGAUCCAACCAACGUACCAGGCCUGAGGCUGAUCCUCCUUGGACCCAAUGGAGGACAUUCCUCGCUGUCAAAUACUUUGUUGGGCACCAGGGAGGCAAAGCAACCCAUAGGUCAUCUAACAGAGAGUACAAAGAUAAAGACUCUGUUAGAUGGGAGAGAGGUUACAGUGAUCGCCACCCCGGACAUUUUGGGGCCUUCUUUGGGGAAUAACAAAAGAGCCAAGGAAGCUCUGAGGAGCCUCCAGCUCACCAGUCCCGGACCACACGUCUUCCUGCUCGUGAUCCCAGCUCCUGAGUCGAGCACAGGGAUCAACCAGGAAGCGGCUCAGGCGAUCCAGGCCACACAUGAACUGUUUGGAGACGGGGCUGUGGAGUAUAUCCUCCCGGUGUUUACCCAUGUAGUCAAUCGAGGCCAGAAACAGACAGUAGAAAAGCUGCUGGAUGGAGAUGCUGGGGGUCUAAGAAGGGCUCUGUCUCCUUGUGACCAGAGGCCAGAACUGGUGGAUAUCACUCCAGACCGCCCCCUGGAGGAGCAGAGUGUGCUGCGCAGGCAUCUGCUGGGUCGUGUGAUGGAGAUGAAGACACUGAGAGGGCAUUUUGUGCACGAGCUGCAGAGGAGGGAGGACCGCAUCAGGGAGGAGCUGUUAGCUGACAUGACCUCUGAAGUGGCUAGAAAACUGGGUCACAUGUAAACAAAGAGGUGGGGUUGGUCAGUCUUACAACUGCUGAACAUGCAAUUUUAAAAAUAGAGUGGUUAUUUUUUGCACAAAGUAAUUUUUGCCAAUGCGCUGACUUACCUCUGAACAGAUGAAUGCACUACCACUGGCUGCCUUUAGUUUCCAUCAUUAGAUGGGUACAUUUGGUUACCUCUAGGCUUACUCACUCUUAAUGUUCCUAUUCUGAUGUGUUAUAAGAUGUUGAUGACAGUUUACUCUUUACUUUAAACCUGUGUCUAUGUUGUUUUUUGUUUCCAUGUUUUGUAUUCCCCAUCAUUUUGUAAUAGAUAUUCAACUUUAAAAAUGAUCAGGGAAAAUGAACUCAGGUCAUACUGCGAGUAGAGUUCAGGAGUGCUGUUCGAUGUGUUCAGUGCAAUCUUCUACAUCGCAUUUUUUAGCUGUGAUUAUUAAACAUUAAUGAAUGUUCUGUCCCAUAUUUAAAAAUGUUAUAUCAUAUACUGUUAUUCUUUCUGCAGACAUGUAAACAUACUCACCUUCAUAGUCAUCCUGGUAUAGACAUUUAUGCAUCUGCUUUUUAAAACUUCCCACUAAAAAUUCAAUAAAGAUCCUCUCUCCUG